AUCAGUCCAAUCCUAACUACUACUACUACUACUACAACAUAUAUCAGUACAACCCUAACUACUACUACUACUACUACUACUACUACUACUACUACUACUACUACUACUACUACUACUACUACUACUACUACUACUACUACUACUACUACUACUACUACUACUACUACUACUAAUACAUAUAGCAGUCCAACCCUAACUACUACUACUACUACUACUACUACUCCUACUACUACUACAUAUAUCAGUCCAACCCUAACUACUACUACUACUACUACUACUACAUAUAUCAGUCCAACCCUAACUACUACUACUACUACUACUACUACAUAUAUCAGUCCAACCCUAACUCCUACUACUACUACUACUACUACUACUACUACUACUACUACUACUACAUAUAUCAGUCCAACCCUAACUACUACUACUACUACUACUACUACAUAUAUCAGUCCAACCCUGACUACUACUACUACUACUACUACUACUACUACUACUACUACAUAUAUCAGUCCAACCCUAACUACUAGUACUACUACUACUACUACUACUACUACUACUACUACUACUACUACUACUACUACUACUAAUACAUAUAGCAGUCCAACCCUAACUACUACUACUACUACUACCACUCCUACUACU